CGCAAACAGAUGGGCAGAGCGGUGCUGUCCAUCAACAAAUUGCUUCUUAUUUUCAACACUAAAAAUGAAGAGAAAAUCACCAAUAGAUGGAUUUUAAAGCUCAUAUUCUGUCCAUAUUCUUUUCAGACGCCCUAAAUGACGCAAUUACAAAUGCUAUGCUCCGCCCUUUAGUUGUCCAUCCCAAACGACAUGCUCUCCACUACGGCGUCUCUUAGCGGGCCUUGCCAUGACGCUACUACUCUCGGCCAAAUGAACAAUCCCGUGUGCUAUGGCGCCAUCGAAACAAAGACGUACUUGUCCCAUGUGCGCAAUGCGAUAGGUGCCGCGACGCACUGGUGCUCACUACAGGGCGUUAACGGCAGAGGUGGAGCCCCAAGUUUCCGUCCCGCACCACAUAUAGGCUUAGCGGAUCGCCGUCUGCAGAGAAGUGCUAUUGCUAAAAAAAAUAAAUCCCAUGUUACGCAGCGUCCGCUUCUCUCCUUCAUCAUCUUUUUUUCUUGCCUCGUCGCACAUAUUGUUCCUUUUCUGCUACUCUUUGCUGCAGGAUUUCCCUUGUUUGUUGCGCAACUCCAGGCACAGCUGCUCCCGGAAGCUCCGAUUACUCGUUGCGGCGGAACACUGAUCUGAAGCUCGACCAUUUCCCCCACCAUCGUCACCGACACCAUGGGCAAGGAAGUUGAUACCUUGGCGCCCGCGCCGCCCGAAUAUGAUGCCAAUCUCCCGAGAUACGGCGACCAGAGCAGUAUCGAGUUCAGCGACGAUGACGGCGUCAUCAUUCCCAAGGGCUCACUCGACCCCGUCUACGAGGCAAAGGCCAAGGUUGUGAACAAAGCUAUUCAAGAUAUUGGCAUGGGCUGGUACCAAUGGCAGCUCUUCAUUGUUGUUGGAUUUGGUUGGGCUAGCGAUAACCUCUGGCCCGUCAUCACCUCGCUGAUCCUUACACCACUUGCCCGUGAAUUUGGUAUUCCCUCGACUCGCGCACCACUGUAUGUUCUUGCUCAAAAUAUUGGUCUACUAGCUGGUGCUGCAUUCUGGGGCUUUGGCUGUGAUAUUUUCGGUCGCAAAUGGGCCUUCAACUUCACCCUUGGUCUGACUGCUCUCUGGGGCAUGGUCGCUGCGGGAGCACCCAAUUGGGCUGCCGCAGGCAUCUUCAACGCCCUGUGGUCCUUUGGUGUUGGUGGAAAUCUACCCGUUGAUUCUGCCAUUUUCCUCGAGUUUUUACCCAAGUCACACCAGUACCUGCUAACUAUCCUUUCUUUGGAUUGGGCUUUCGCACAAGUGAUUGCUACUCUGAUUGCCUGGCCUCUCAUUGGAUAUCGAACCUGCCCGGCCAAGGGAGUCUGCCUCAAGGAAGACAACAUGGGUUGGAGAUAUUUCCUUCUUACCAUGGGUGGUAUCACGCUUCUCAUGUUCCUCUCCCGAUUCCUCCUCUUCAAGCUCUACGAGUCGCCCAAGUAUCUCAUUGGCAAAGGACGCGACGAAGACGCUGUCAAGGUUGUCCAUGAGGUUGCGCGCAGAAAUGGCAAAACAACGACGUUCUCGAUUGAAGAUCUACGAAACUGCGAACCUGAUGGCUACAUUGCGCAAACAGAUGCAUCUGCAGCUGUUCGCCGCUACAUGGAAAAACUUGACGGAAAGCACUUCAAGGCACUCUUUGCAACUCCUAAGCUCGCCUGGAGCACCAUAUUGAUCAUGUUGCUUUGGGCAUUUAUUGGUCUCGGAUUCCCGCUCUACAACGCUUUUCUCCCGUCUAUUCAAGCUGCAAAGGGCGCUCAACUGGACAAUCUCUCUAUCGACAAGUCGUACAGAAAUAGUCUGAUUUACUCAGUUCUUGGUGUUCCCGGAGCGUUGCUCGGCGGCCUCUUGGUAGAGCUGCCUCGUUUGGGCCGCAAAGGAACACUCUCCAUCUUCACCCUACUGACGGGCGUGUUUCUGUUCUGUUCUACGACUGCCCUAUCGAGCAAUGCCCUUCUUGGUUGGAAUUGCGCCUUCACAUUCUGCAGCAAUGUCAUGUAUGCAGUUCUAUACGGCUACACACCAGAAAUCUUCCCUACUCCACAGCGAGGUACUGGAAAUGCUCUUUCAGCAACAUGCAACCGAAUCUUUGGCAUCAUGGCACCGAUUAUUCUUCUUUUUGCGGAUCUCAGCACGCCGAUUCCCGUAUAUGUUAGUGGUGCCCUGUUUUUGGUGGCUGGUCUCAUUGUCCUUAUUUUGCCUUUUGAGUCUAGAGGCAAAGCAGCAAUGUAAUCGAUGGGAAGUUGCAAAGAGUGUCUCAAGUUCUUUUUUUUUUGACAAGAAUUCUGCGUGUAUACGAGGAACGUUGGGGUUGAUCAUCACAUCACGAAGAUUGUUCAUAUGAGCGUGAUGUAAGACUGUUAUUUAGGAUACAUGGACAUGUGCACAAGAAGUGCUUCAUGUACAUUAUUAUAGACAUGGAUUUCUUUUUAUGCUUGCCAGGCAUAUGGCACACCAACCAGUCUUAAGUUCAGUUGAAAGUGACCCGGUGCGCGCAGUCAGUCUACCAAUAGCAGGGCCUGUAUUAGAAGAGCUCCCCCAUGUUGUCUAUGGUGGGGGCGGGGUCGUAGCCCGAAGGUUGAGUUGGCAGUUUGGCUACCAUGAAUUACUGCCCUUUUUGAGCCAGAAUCCCUCUAAUAUAAAACUAAUAAAAUAAUU